UAUUAUAUAUCAUCAUGGCUACAAUUGAAAACCCCCUCACAAUUACUGAAAAAGUUUAUGUUAGAGUUAGACUUGCAAAUGAAAAUGAUAUACAUCAUAUAUACAAACUUUUUUUCCAAAUUCAUGAAUAUCAUAAUUACACUCAUCUUUACAAAGCUACUGAAUCUUCCCUUUGUGACCUUUUAUUCAAUAAAACAAACCCUAGUCCUUUAUUUUAUGGUCCUUCAAUACUUCUACUUGAAGUAUCGCCAACGCCUUUUUCAGAUAUUGAUAGUAAAGGCGAAAAAUUUAAGCCUGUCCUAAAAAAAAUUGACCUAAGGGCAAAUGUCGUAGACAAAGAAGCCGAUGAAUUCAAGUCCAAUUCGAUCAAUGAUGAUGAUAAAAACGACGUUUUUAUUGCUGGAUAUUCAUUUUUUUACGCGAAUUAUUCGUGUUUUUAUGAUAAGGCUGGGAUUUAUUUUGAGAGUCUUUAUUUUAGGGAAAGUUAUAGGAAAUUGGGCAUGGGAAGAUUGUUGUUUGGGACAGUUGCAUCAAUUGCUGCAAAUAAUGGAUUUUCAUCAGUUGAGGGAAUUGUGGCAGUUUGGAAUAAAAAAUCAUAUGAUUUUUAUGUUGAUAUGGGGGUUGAAAUAUUUGAAGAAUUUAGGUAUGGGAAAAUGGUUGGUGAUGCUUUACAAAAAUAUGCUGACCCUAAGGAGAUUUGAUCAUGAAA